AAAUGAUUUCCACCCACUAAAAGACAUCUUUAAAUCUUAACCAUUUAUUCUCCCUCUUUUAUUUAAUCCUAACCCUUCAUUCAUUUCCUAAUCUUAAUCCCACCCCUCAUUUCCCGUUAUCCAACAUUAUCCAAACACACUCUCAGGGGAAGAGACGAGAAGAGCGGCUCUCUCUCUCUCGUGGGCCUCUCGGCCCAAGAUCUCAAGGGACAGACGGAGAAAGAGGGAGCUGGGCAAGUGGGCCCCGGAGGGCAGUGACCAGACCACAGGCGGCGUGGAAUUCAAAGUCUUCUACUGGAGUAGGUUCUACGAGACACAAAUUAGACAGGAGAGAUCGAGUUUGAAGGCAGGAAGGCAGGCGAUGGCGAGCAUGGAGGGUCUGAUCGGCCUGAUGAACCGCAUCCAGCGAGCCUGCACCGCCCUCGGAGACCACGGAGGUGGAGAAGGAGCCAACCUCCCUACCCUCUGGGAGUCUCUCCCCACCAUCGCCGUCGUCGGAGGCCAGAGUUCGGGCAAGUCCUCCGUGCUAGAGAGCAUUGUUGGCAGAGAUUUCCUUCCCCGUGGUUCUGGAAUCGUGACACGGAGGCCAUUAGUUCUUCAGCUGCAUCAGAUCGACAAAGGGGCCCACGAUUAUGCAGAGUUCUUACACUUGCCCAAAACAAGGUUUUCAGAUUUUGCUCUUGUUCGUCAAGAAAUUGCAGAUGAGACAGAUAGAGUGACUGGGAAAACUAAACAAAUAUCCCCUGUGCCAAUACAUCUCAGCAUCUACUCACCCAACGUCGUGAACUUAACAUUGAUUGAUCUUCCUGGAUUGACAAAAGUCGCUGUAGAGGGACAACCUGAAAGUGUUGUUCAUGAUAUAGAGAAUAUGGUUCGGUCGUAUGUUGAGAAGCCCAAUUGUAUCAUUUUGGCUAUAUCUCCAGCAAACCAGGACAUUGCCACUUCUGAUGCCAUUAAGCUUUCGAAGGAGGUUGACCCAUCAGGUGAGAGGACAUUCGGUGUGUUGACAAAGUUGGACUUGAUGGACAAGGGAACAAACGCUCUUGAUGUUCUUGAGGGAAGAGCCUAUCGUCUUCAGUAUCCGUGGGUUGGAAUUGUCAACCGCUCACAAGCAGAUAUUAACAGGAAAGUUGAUAUGAUUGUUGCAAGAGAAAAGGAAAGAGAGUAUUUUGAAAAUAGUCCUGAUUAUGCACACCUAGCCAGUAAGAUGGGUUCUGUGUAUCUAGCUAAGCUUCUUUCUCAGCAUCUUGAAGCCGUUAUUAAAGCACGCAUUCCUAGCAUCACAUCAUUAAUCAACAAAACUAUAGAUGAACUUGAAUCGGAGCUGGAUACCAUUGGGAAAGAAGUGGCUGCUGAUCCAGGGGCUCAACUGUACACUAUAUUGGAGCUCUGUCGUGCUUUUGACCGUGUUUUCAAGGAACAUCUGGACGGAGGGAGAUCAGGUGGUGAUAAAAUUUAUGGCGUGUUUGAUCAUAAGCUCCCUGCCGCUUUUAGGAAGCUGCCUUUUGAUCGUUAUCUAUCCGUGCAAAAUGUGAAGAAGGUGGUAUCAGAAGCAGAUGGCUAUCAGCCUCAUCUUAUUGCUCCUGAACAAGGUUACCGUCGUCUUGUUGAAGCCGGCCUUGCGUAUUUCAAGGGACCAGCUGAAGCUACAGUCGAUGCGGUCCAUGUUGUUUUAAGGGACUUGGUGAGGAAAUCCAUAGGAGAGACAGAGCCACUGAGAAGAUUCCCUACCCUGCAAGCUGCGAUUGCAACUGCUGCUAAUGAAGCUCUGGAAAGGUUUCGGGAGGAUGGACGUAGCACUGCACUUCGGCUUGUUGACAUGGAGGCAUAUUUGACAGUGGAAUUCUUCCGGAAACUCCCGCAAGAUCCAGAUAGUGGCAGCAAGGUUGGGAAUAAUACCAAUGAAUCCAAUGGCUCAGGCUCAGGCUCAGUGACAGUGGACCGCUACGGCGACGGGCACUACAGGAAUAUCGCGUCCAAUGUGUCCCAGUACAUAAAGAUGGUGGGAGACCAACUGUUACACAAGAUCCCAAAGGCGGUGGUGCACUGUCAGGUCCGAGAAGCCAAGAGGUCUCUGCUUAACCAUUUCUACGUGCACAUCGGGAAGAAAGAGGCGAGCCAGUUUGGGCAUUUACUGGAUGAGGACCCAGCGAUGCUUGAGCGUAGGCAGCAAUGCUGGAAGAGGUUGGAGCUGUACAAAUCGGCUAGGGAUGAAAUCGACUCUGUCGCAUGGACCAGGUAGACACAAACAUAUACAUGGUGGCUAGUAUCUUUUGUCGCAGCUGCGUGUAGUUUGGUUUGGGCAGAUCUAACUUCCAUUUGUCAGGCAGGCACUAUUUUCCCUUGGUAUAUAGUAUAUACUAUACUAUCUUACGAAUUGAUGGACGUUAUAUAUCUGUAUAUUUUGUCAGUAGAUCAUCCUUCGUACAUGUGCACCCCGACCCGUGCCAUGCUGGUUUCAACAGUUUUUCUUUUGUUAUUCUUUCUAGUGGUUGGCUUCUCUCUGUUGUCACGGUAUUA